GAUUGUGUGGAUCUAGAAGGCCAAGCGUGUAGCUUUAAAGUGUAAUGUAAGUUAUUAUUAACGGUUUAUUUAAUAACACUCAAAUGCUGAGAUUGUAUAGCACCGUAUUGUAGAAUGAGCAAUGAGUGAUGAAUUGGAUAGGUUGUGGAAGAAAGCGGUUGUGGCCUAAUUUAAGGUACUUUCCCGGCACUUGCCUAUAGGGACUCUGAAGAGCAAAACAAAGUAUGAUUGUAGGGCCUCGGCGCAAGAUAUGAACCCGCAAUAUCUGGAGUAAGAGAGAAGACAUGGCCACGGGGAAGGUGCACCACUCGCCCAAGGUUACCACAACAUUCCCAUUGCAAGAAGAAGUUGAAGAUGGGAAAAACAGACAUCUCGUUAAAUGUCAGCGAUGCCCUUCAAGAAUACUAAAUCCUGGUAUGGGUGUAUACAAGCAGGUUGAGUUCCCUCUACCCCAUAUGAAACAGAAGACAGACAGAGGUGACAUCUCAACUGUGGAGGAGGAAGUCAUCAAGGACUACUGGGUGGUUGAAGACAUGUAUUCUUUCGAGAAUGUUGGCUUCUCAAACUCUGUCGCUGGUGUGAAGUAUCUUGCUUGCGCUGACUGUGAAGUGGGACCAAUUGGGUGGUUUGACAUAGCUGCUCAAACGAGCUAUGUGGCAUUGUCAAGAGUGCUACAUGGUAAUGGUUAGGUGGUAUGUAUCAAGUAGGAGGGGUGAUUCUGUCGUGUAGGGUCCUCUUGAGGCUGGGAGGAAACAAGUGUUAAAGGACGUCCAUGAAGUUACAUUGAGCUUGAGACAAAAUGAAUCCUUCAAGUAACUUUUGUUUAACAAAAUUUAUCGUAACAUUUCAGUGUGUGUGUUUAUUUAUGCAAUCCAUCACUUGAUGUUGAAGAGCCUGUGAUAUAAUGAUAAGGGGAGGGUAGUUGCAAGUGAUGCUUCAAACUAAAACGUAUUCAGUUUAAAAUGGUAAAAAUAUUGCAUCAGUUGAAGGCGAAUAAAUGUUUCCACAAUUGUCUGUUGAUGUAGCGAUGGUCUCAUUGUGCAGUGGAAUCUCCAUUUAUUUAAGGUUCUCCCAUGCUCAAUCCUUUCACUGCCAAGCCCUACCACAGAACCACCUGCAAGAAAUUUAAAUGUAAUUGCGUAGAAAUACUGACGGUACUUCCCCAAAUUAUCUUCAAAUGACCAUAGUUAUAAAUACCUAAAAAGCCUAUUCUUUUGUCUCAAUAUUGGUGUAUCACACUUGAUGUCAUCUAGUGACAACACUGUACUGCAUGAUAACAUCAAGCUGAUCUGCAUUUUUAACAUGUAUGCUGAGUCUAAUUGUCUCAUGGCGUGGAAGAGGUUAACAUUCCAUUUCAAGGAUUGCAAGUUCAUUUACCAUUAAGUUUCUUCCAUUUAAGAUUUUCAUCAGUUUAGUGUUGCAAUCCACUACUUCGAAAAGAAACCUUAAAUGUGGGGAUUCACUGUAUAUUGCUCUUGGUAUGUAAUGUGACAAGCCAUGUUCCUUGUAUCAGUUUUUUAAUCUUGUCAAAGAAGUUCAUUUUGGAUGUGUUCAGUUUCAGAACAAAGUAAAGUUAUCCAUGUAACAGGCCAUGAAGGCCCAUAGGGUUGUGA